GGCGCAAUGGAGCCUUGGUGCGGGGCAGGGGUCCGUGGGCAGGGCCCUCAGGGUCCCCGUGUGCCUGGGGCUUCCCGCACCCGCUCCCGCGCCCUUCUCCUGCUGUUGCUGCUGCUGCUGCUGCUCCUGCCUCGGCGGCCGGCAGGCAACUUGGCCGCAGGAGCAUCCCCGGGGACCGUCCCGACCGGCCCUGGAGUCUCCUGUGCCUCCAGAGGCAUCUGUCCCUCAGGCAGGCUUCGCCUUCCUCGGCAAGCCCAGGCUAACCAGACCACGACGGCUCCACCGAACUCACAGACCAUGGCUCCACUGAAAACGGUGGGAACUCUGGGCGUGAUGGACAUUACUGGGUCCGUUCUUAAGACGGUUCAUUCCAGCGACCUCCCCUUCUGUGGCUCCUCCCACGAGCCAGACCCUACUCUCAGGGACCCAGAAGCCAUGACUCGGCGGUGGCCCUGGAUGGUCAGCGUGCAGGCUAACGGCUCACACGUCUGUGCUGGCAUCCUUAUCGCUUCCCAGUGGGUGCUGGCUGUGGCCCAUUGCUUGAGCCAGAACCAUGCUAACUACACAGUGAGGGCGGGGAGCCCGUGGAUUAAUCAGACGGCAGGAACCAGCUCAGAUGUGCCAGUCAAUCGGGUCAUCAUAAACCGUGGCUACCAACCCAGGCGGUACUGGUCAUGGGUUGGCCGGGCUCAUGACAUCGGCCUUCUCAAGCUCAAGUGGGGGCUCAAGUACAGUAAAUACGUGUGGCCCAUCUGCCUGCCUGGCCUGGAUUAUGUGGUGGAGGACAGUUCCCUCUGCACUGUGACAGGCUGGGGAUAUCCCAGGGCUAACGGCAUCUGGCCCCAGUUCCAGUCCCUCCAGGAGAAGGAAGUCUCUAUCCUGAACAGCAAGAAAUGUGAUCAUUUCUACCACAAGUUCUCCAGAAUCUCCUCUCUGGUUCGGAUCAUCAACCCUCAGAUGAUCUGUGCCUCGGACAACAACAGGGAGGAGUUCUGCUAUGAGAUAACUGGCGAGCCCCUGGUCUGCUCUUCAGAAGGCACAUGGUACCUGGUGGGAAUGAUGAGCUGGGGCCCAGGCUGCAAGAAGAGCGAGGCCCCACCCAUCUUUCUGCAGGUCUCCUACUACCGGCCAUGGAUCUGGGACCGGCUCAGUGGGGAGCCCCUGGCCCUUCCAGCCCCAUCCAGGACCUUGCUCCUGGCUUUCCUUCUGCUCCUCAUCCUUCUGGGCACACUGUGACACUGCCAUGUCUCUCCUUCCUUCCCCUCCUCCUAAGUGCUGCUGUGGGGGUGGCACUCAGCCUGCCGGAGGUGGGGAGGAGCUAGCAGAGAUUAAACAC